AGCAAAACAUCGCAGCAAUUCGAGCAUAACGCGAUCUUGACUUUUGGCAAUCGCUUUUUCUGCGACGUUGCAUAACGCAAACGUGGAUACCGUUCGAUCGUUCGCCAGCGAGUAAACCGCGACCGGGGAAAGAAGAAAACGGCAACGAACGAUCUUCUACGUUGCGGACCGAAAACGUUUUCGCUUCGGCUUUAGAACGGCGAAAUAACUUUGCGAUCGUUCGGUACACUUGUUUACGAAAAAAAAGAAGAAAGUUAGUACGAAAAGAUAUUCGGUACCAUCGAGGACAGAUCGAAGAGCACUUCGAGAGAAACACUGGCCGUCCGACGAGGGAAUACGAUUGGAAUCGCAACCACGUGCGAAGAUGUGAAUAGAUUUUCAUGAUAAGAGACGACUGUAAAUAGAAACAAACAUCGACCGAAGAUGGAUCUGGUUUACGUCCCAGAGGUUCUGACAUACGGUUUAUUCAGAAGUCAACAGUACCGGGACUAUGAGCAGCCUUGGAACAAAGACUACUUCCACAAUGGAAGAUCAACGCAGAAUCAUUGUCAACGAAUAUUACAUCACGAACAAAACUUACUGUCAAAGGACAACUGUCACUUGUGCCGAGAAAGCAAGAGAAGAAGUCUAGCAGCUUAUAUAAGAGGCAAAUCGCGGCAAAAUUCUUGCGAAGAAAUUCACGAAGAAGAAGAAGAAGAAGAGGAACAAGAUUCUGCAAAUUCUAAGGGCGAAAAAGCGAUGAAAGACAAAAACGAAACUUUAGAAGCCUCCAAUGAAUCGAGAAAGAUCGAGGGGAAACGAUGUAAUUAAAAUUAUAUCAACGUGACUUCGAGAAAUGUUCACCAAAACUUUAUAUAAAAAUGACACUAAAUAUCUAAGACAUAUUUAAUAUGUCAUAGUGCAAAAAUUCUAAAUGCUAUUUAGAACAACUUACAAUUGUCGGAAAUUUAUAAUUAAAUUAAUCGUAACGAUAUAAAAAUAAAUCAUUUUCGUACUUCGCAAUCUUUCCAACAUGAAAAUAAUUCAUGUUGCGUAAGCUUAAAGUAUUUAUUUAAAACCAUAGUGGCAGGGUAUAAUUCAUACUCUAAUAUGUGCAACUUGAUUAUGCUAAAUUGAAGUAGUACUUUUCAAUAAUUCAAUGGCAUAUGUAGAAUAAAAUUAUGUAUCUAAUAUUAAUGUGCUUACUUUCUUCCAAUACACUGUGCAGUGUAUAAAACAGUAUUAAGUACAUGCGAACAAUGCAAAAAGUAACACUGUCAAAAUAAUUGAAAACAGUCUAAAAGAAUCGAAAUUUGAAACAUUUAAUAUCUGCAUUUAUAUUACAAGCAUAAAAUAUACAUGAUGGAUUUUUAUUCUACAAACGACUUUACAUUGUGAUAUAAAUUUUUCAAGUAUAGUGAAAAAUUAGAAUUAAGUAAAUAUUCAAUGGGGAAUUGAAUAAUCUAUAAGACUGCAUUUAUACACAGAACUAUAUUGGAAGAAAUGGCUUCUAAAAUAAAUGGUACCUAAUGUAGUUUUUAAGUAAAUCACAGUAUAAUAUUAACAGAUAUAUGAUAUCUGUAGAUUGUUAAAAAAGUAUACUUCGUUGAUGAAACAACAAUACACGGAGUUAUUUUAAUAAAGAGUAUUUUUGCAUUACGCUAACAUUAAUAUAGCUGCACUAUAUAGUUUUUAUUUGUUUUGAUGUUACUUACCUUCAAGAGCCAUGUAAGAACCGAUUCUCGAUAUGGAACGAACCCUCGUUUACGAUUACUCAUAUUUUCGGCAAGAGAUGCGAUUACCUUUCCUAACGUGAGCAAUGAUUUAUUAAUGGAUACACCCUCCUGUUGAACAUAAUUAAGUAUAUUAUAUAGAAAAAAAUUAUUAUAGAAUAUAAUUCAUCUGAACACAUUAAAACAAACCUUUAAUCUAUCACCACUGGCACAUGUCUGACUCAAUCUCUCACUGCCUGCUAAGUCUACUAAAUUAAUUUUACUACGACGACUAGCAUCCAUUUGUUCUUCAUCUACCUGGUUAUUUAGUUGUGCGUGAGUUAAUAUA